GACAACAAUAGGGCGAAGGCCCGGUGCUGAAAGGACCGCGCUAUACGCUGCCCGAGCUUCGACAGCGCAGGACGACGGCGGGGGAGCCUUCAGUCUUGCGAGGAUAGGAAUAGGAUAGGGCCAAUGUGUGGCGAGGCCCCAAGCAGCGGCGGCGCCUGCAGGCCCCAGCGGCAGUCGGCACGAAGCAGCGCCGCCGUUCUGCGGCGAACAGGUAGCCAGUGAGAAAUGGCACUUACUCCGGGCUGGUUUCCGUCUCUGCGCUCCCUGGUGUGGCUCAUGUCGCACAGAAAUCCACAUCUGAGCUCUUUCUCCUCUUCCGCCGCCGCCGCCGCCAUACAGCCGGCGGCUCCAGGAACUGCCAUUCCAGCUGUUCGUGCCGUUCAGCCUCCAGCCGCUCCAGAUUCGAGUUGUAGCCGGUCCGUUGCCCUGGAGCAAAAGGUUCUUCACCCACUUCCAUCCAGCACACCUAAAAUUCCAAUCCACAAGCCUUCUCGUCGUCCCACCAGCGAACACCCUAAGAACAUGAUUCAUCCUAGUAGAGAACCUCAACUUGUAACCAACACGCCGCAGAUGCGCAGCCUCGAAAGCCCCACGCACCUGAUUCCUGGUGGUUCAUGCAGCGCACUUCAGUCUCUGACCGACAAGCGUUUGCCGGCAAAACGUGGUGAUUACAAAGAUCCCAAAAGCCCCAGGUUUAGCUCUUCCAGCCACUUCCCUGACCAGCCGACUCCUGAACCUAUCGGCGAGUCUUUGACGCCCACCCUGCAAGAUCCUCCACACUCGGUCCCUGGUGAAUCGUGCAGCACACUUCAACCUGUAACCUGCAAGCCUUCGCUGAAAGGAGAUCCCGAUCACGAAGCCGGCGGCGAAAAUUCUGAUGUUCAAGUUCCCAGAAUUCCAAAGAUUAGCCCUAUCCCCAAGGAUAGCACUUUCCAUGAUCCGCCGCACCCACCUGCUGACCCAUAGUUCCCCAAGGACAAGGGCGAGGUGCGACAACCAUGUAAUCUCACUACUGUCAUACUGUGAGUGAUAUUUGUAAUGUUCAUAUCAACUUUAUCAAAUUACAAAUAAAGGUGUGCGUUAGAUUUUUGGGUUCAAA